UUUGCCUGUUGCCAGACCAGGCAAGCCGAGGUGGACGCAGGCUAUCGGCACUGACAUUCGAACCGCGAUCACACCAUCGAUUUUUUUUUUAUUUUUUAUUUUUAUAACCCCCCACCUCGUGUCUUUAUUUUUCCGCUGACUUUCCCCGCAGUGUGCUCUACUCCGUAACGAUGAUUUUUAGUUUUCUAAUCCAUCGGACUCUCCGAUGUUGUGCAGUCUACUACACGAAGGCGUGAAUCUUUUGAAUAGAGGUGGAUCUUCCCGGAUACCGUGAGGGUAUAUUAAAUUUAAAAAGAAAGAAAAAAAAAGAAGAGUUUCACGGAAAUCCCCAUCAACAAAAAUGCCGAGGAGGAAACAAGAAGCGCCCAAACGCGCACCAGCCUAUUCUCCUGAGGAACUGACAGAGCACGCUGUGGAGGGUGAGGAGGCAGAAGCAAAUGACCUGCCCUCAGCCCCUCAGGAUGACCUUCCCAUGAAAGAUGAUUUUGAUGAGCAAAGUGUAGGGCCUGUCAAGGACCAAGCAUGUGACCAGGAGUCAACUGGAGCUGCAGAGCUCUCAGGACAGGAGAUGGACAGUGAGUCACAUUUGAGUGAGACCAGUGACCGUCUCUCAGACUUCGAGAGCCCCCCCAGAAAAACUGAGGGUAACCCAGUCGCAGUACCUCUGAAUGGAGGCACUAAGACACCACCUAUCGGUAUGGACACUCUGGAACAAAUGAAGGCUAUCUACUCUAGCUUCUUGAGCAACUCCUUCUGGUCACCACUGAACUUUACUUCCACACAGCCCCAGGCGCAGUCAUCGGCUUCUACGGAAAAGCCAACUCGGAGCAACAGCACUAGUAGCAGUAGUAGCUGCAGCAGCAGUAGCUAUGACUGGCACCAGUCUGCAGUGGCAAAGACAUUACAACAACAUCCUCCCCAGAGUCGUCACCCUCCUCAGUCUGAGCCUAGCCUCUUUAGUACAGUCCAACUCCACAGGCAAAACCCAAAGCUGUUUGGUUCAAUCUUCACUGGGGCCAGUAAGUUCCGCUGUAAGGGCUGUAGUGCUGCUUAUGACACCCUGGUGGAGCUUACAGUUCACAUGAAUGAGACAGGCCACUACCGUGAUGAUAACCAAGACAGGGCAGGCAGUGGUGCAAAGCGCUGGUCCAAACCACGUAAACGGUCUCUAUUGGAAAUGGAGGGGAAAGAGGAUGCUCAGAAAGUUCUGAAGUGCAUGUAUUGUGGUCACUCUUUUGAGUCCCUUCAGGACCUCAGUGUCCACAUGAUUAAGACCAAACACUACCAGAAAGUGCCUCUGAAGGAGCCCAUGGCCCCUGUGGCAGCCAAAAUCAUGUCUUCAAAGAAAAGGGGACUUGUGGGUUUGGACCUCACUGCCUCACCACGUUCUAGAGAAGGAACCCCCAAAGCUAAGCAGCCACAGGCAGACAUGAGUGAGUCCUCACAGAAAUCUUCCACCCUCUAUACCAACUCUAAUAAUCGCUAUGGCCAUCAGAAUGGUGCUAGCUAUGCUUGGCAGUUUGAAUCCAACAAAUUACAAAUUCUUAAGUGCAUGGAGUGCGGAAGUUCUCAUAAUACACUGCAAGAACUGAGAACCCACAUGAUGGUGACAGGACACUUCCUGAGGGUGACUAGUUCUGUGGGAAAGAGAAUUAAAACACUUCCUGAGGCCACCUCCCCCAACCCUGUGAGGGUCACCAGUCCUGCUGAACAGAGGGUCCAGUCUGUCCCACUCGCACCCUCCACCUUCUCUCCUCCCCCUCAUCAAACUACCACAACUCCUCCUGCCACUUCUCCUCCACUUAAAGAGAUUAAAAAGGAGGAGGUUGAGGAGGAGUGCACUAAGGAAGAAGCUGUUGGAAACGACAGACAAGUUUCAGUUUCAGCUGGAAAGGAGGAGGAUUCUGAGAAAGAAGAAAAAUAUGACAUUUCAAAGUAUAACUACCUUACUGAAGAAGACCUGCAGGAGAGCCCUAAAGGCGGGUUUGAUAUUCUCAAAUCACUGGAAAACACUGUGACUUCAGCCAUCAACAAGGCCCAGAGUGGAAAUCCAAGCUGGGGUGGCUACCCUAGUAUUCAUGCAGCCUACCAAUUCCCCAGUGCCCUCAAGCUCCAACCAGGUAGCUUGGAAAAGAAUUCCCCAAUGAAGUUCUUGUUCAAUGGAGGAGAUGGAGCAUUAUCCUCCAUUGCUAAGAACCAGCCUCUCAUUUCUCCCCCACUCACACAGUCCUCCCCUUUCUCCAACAACAACUUUCAAGCGAUGGAGGAUUUAGUGAAAAAAGUGACUGAGAAGGUAGCAAAAGUAGAGCAAAGAGUGAAGCAGCUGUCUCCUAAGAUGGAGAAUCAUCUUUCUCCCUGUAGCAGUGAAGCAGGAGAAUCACAUAAGGGAGGAGAGGCAGACUCACCUAGGGAAUGGAGGGCAGUCACCCCUGCCAAUAGUGACAGGGGAAGCCAUAGCGACAGAGCAUCCCCAGCAACAGAACCCAAGAGAGAGACAGAAGUCAAAUCCCCACUUGCCUCUACACUGAAAUGCAGUACCACCAUUAUCACUGGCCAUACUCCUCCAGAGCAGCCCUUUGUCAACCCUCUAAGUGCUCUUCAGUCAGUAAUGAACAUUCAUUUGGGGAAAGCAGCCAAGCCCUCUUUGCCAAACCAAGAUCCCCUGAGCCUGCUCUCCAGGCUCAGUCAGAGCAUGGCUGAGAGGGCUGCAGUGGCCGCUCCUCCCUCCCAGACCAAAAAGCCAGAAAGUGUAGCUGACAAUAGUUUUUGCCAGCCAAGUGAUGACCAGCCUAUAGACCUCACAAAAGGGAAAAGUGAUAGAGGCAGCUCUGUAUGCCCAGCCCCCCUAACUCCCUCCUCUACAGCCUCCUCCAUCUCCCCCUCCUCUCUUGUUACUCCUGCAAAGCUAACAGUGGUCUCCCCGUACACAUCCAGCAGCCCUCUACAUGAAAAUGCACUGUCCGAUAUCUCAGACAUGCUGAGGAACCUUACACAGUCUCACCAUGUCCCAAAGCCUCCCUCACGUUCUCGCGUCACAGACAGAGCUGAGGUUGUAGGAUCUACCCCAGAUGAUGACGACGCAUCCCUGCACGGCCACAAACGCAAGGGUCGUCACUCCAACUGGAAUCCCCAGCACCUCCUCCUCCUGCAGGCCCAGUUUGCAUCCAGCCUGCGACAGACAUCAGAGGGAAAGUACAUCAUCAAUGACCUCAGCCCACAGGAAAGAAUGCACGUGUCUCGUUUCACAGGCCUGUCCAUGACCACAAUCAGCCACUGGCUGGCAAAUGUGAAGUACCAGCUAAGAAGAACCGGCCGAACCAAGUUCCUCAAGAACCUGGACUCUGGUCAGCCUAUAUUCUUCUGCAGUGACUGUGCCUCACAGAUCCGAACCCCAGCAGCAUAUGUAUGCCACCUGGAGGCCCAUCUAGGGUUCAGAAUCAGGGACCUGGCCAAGCUGUCCCCGAAACAGACUGUCAGGGACUCUCACACUUUCACUGAAAAACUAAUGCCCCUGGAGUCCUUCCUUUCUCCACAAUCACAAGAUGACUGCAGUAGUAAUGGGGCAGUGUACCGUUGCCAGCUCUGUGUCCGUAAAUUUGCCACUAAGCACGCCAUCAAGCUUCACCUCAGCAAGAGCCAUGGGAAGUCUCCAGAGGACCAUCUGCUGUAUGUGUGUGAGCUAGAGAAACACUAAAGUACUCUCAGCAGUAGACACAGUGGGAAACAUGUAGAAUGACUGUUAAAAACAAAACCUAGAAACUGAGAAUAUAUCAAAGUGUGGUAAUGCACAAAGAUGCCACAAACUGCUGUUAAACAUGUCAGCACAAGGUGUUUACAUCUAUUCAGUCUAUAAACAUUUCUGAUUUCCUUGUAUUUCAAAAGACGUUUUCACAUGUCAAAUAUAUAUCGUGGGUCAAAGAUAUUCAGCUUGUGUCAGCUUUGUUGUCUCCCUUACUAUAUGUACACCUUGGGUAAUGAACGAGACGCAACUGAGGACAGACUAUCUCGUGAUCAUGGUGAAUCUCUUGACUAGAAGGCCAGCUAAUAACUUGAAAUGUAUUAACUUUAUUAUAUUUAUUUUGUAUUUCUGUGACUUUAGUUUUAAUUUGCUAUUAGACUGCAUGUUCAGUAAGUUUCACUGUUAAAUUUGUACAGUUCUGUCCUGUCUAGAUUUUAAAAUGCCCCUUCAAACUGGUCAUUUUUAACACCACAAAAUAGCCAAACUCCUUGGACAGCUACUUAAAAGAAUUUGCCAAACAGAAAAAAGGUCUGUGCUUGUUUUGAUAGUUUUCUCUGUACAGCCUAUUGAUUUUUUUUUUUUGUUUUUCUUUUUUUUUUUUUUUGUUUUUUUUUUUGCUGAUUGUAAAAGCUGCCUUGUUCUUUAUCAUCGUGUAAGGGGCACUCCAAAUGCAGGUCUAUGUAAAAAUGUACAUAUAGUGUAUAAGCUUACAACUUGCUGUUUAAAUUAUGCAUACUUGUUAUAUUUCCUAAUUUAAGAGGACUACGACUAUCCACUGGUGCAGAGCCUUUGAAGAAGAUUAAAAAGGACAUUGUUUUGCACAAUAGUUUUAUAAAUGUUAUUUGAUAAAAAAAAAAAUACAAAUAUGUUAAUGCCUUGUGCUUCUAUGAUUAAAUUGAAUUAACUGCUGCAUAAA